UUUCACUUUUAAGUUUACUAACAUGGCGUCUUUGUGUACACAGUGGCUUGUUUUAGCUUUUAUUGUUAUUUUAAUUAGUUUAACUAAUGGACAACGCACGCCAACAAUUUCAUACAUAUCUCAAGAACAAAUUAAAGAUAUUGGAGGAACCGUAGAAUUACAAUGCUCAGUGCAGUAUGCCAAGGAAUAUCCAGUUUUAUGGAUCAAAAACGAUCGUGGAGGUUCUACAAUACUUUUGCCUUUGUCAACUGGCAGUACUUUGAUUAUAAAAGACUCAAGGUUUUCCUUAAGAUUUGAUGAUGCCAGUUCUACAUAUAUUCUACAGAUUAAAGAUCUGCAAGAAACUGAUGCUGGUAUUUAUCAAUGUCAAGUACUUAUAUCUGCUACAAAUUCAAUUAAUGCAGAAGUAGAUUUGCAAGUAAGAAGACCUCCUAUUAUCAGUGACAAUACCACAAGAAACUUUGUUGUCUCCGAAGGACAAAUGGUACAAAUGGAAUGUUAUGCUGGAGGUUAUCCUUUACCCAGAGUAUCAUGGAGAAGAGAAAAUAAUGCUAUAUUGCCUUCUGGUGGAAGUAUAUACAGGGGUAAUAUGUUGAAAAUUAAUGCAGUUCAUAAAGAAGAUCGAGGUACAUAUUAUUGUGUAGCCGAAAAUGGUGUAGGAAAAGGUGCUAGGAGAAAUAUUAAUUUAGAAGUAGAAUUUACACCUGUCAUCACCGUGCCUAGACCACGUUUGGGGCAAGCCUUGCAAUAUGAUAUGGAUCUUGAAUGCCACGUUGAGGCUUAUCCACCACCAGCUGUUGUUUGGGUUAAAGAUGAUGUGCAAUUGUCUAACAAUCAACAUUAUAGCAUAUCUCAGUUUGCAACUGCUGAUGAAUUCAUCGACACUACACUUCGUGUAAUCACUAUUGAGAAGAGGCAAUAUGGUGAUUAUGUUUGCAAAGCAACAAAUAAACUUGGAGCAGCUGAAGGCAGGGUACAUCUGUUCGAAUCUAUUAUUCCUGUAUGUCCUCCUGCAUGUGGAAUUGCGCAUUAUGGCGGGGCAACAAAUGUUGCUGCUCCUGGAUUAAUGUUUACUGUUAUCGUUGCCUUUAUCACAAGUGUAAUAAUAAGAAAUAUCACAUCCAAAUAUUAAUUAUCCAGGACUUAGAUGGGACCAUUUCUCAACUGCUAGUGUGCCUAUACUGCCCAAUAAAUUUUGGCUAUAUUCUUUUACAAUACUGGUAAUCUGCACACUCAAUUUGUGUAAUUGAAAUCUUUUAAUGGCCUACUUGAAAAGUUUUUAUACCGUUGUGUUGAACCAUGUUGUUUCCUGACUAUUGAAUAAGCGUAAGAUUAAUAUUGCAAAUGAUUUUUUGAACACAUGUGUCACACGUAUUUAGGUUUGUGA